AACAAAAAAAUAUAAAGUGAACUAAGAAUAAUAUAGCAAAAACAUUAAGCUUGUGAAAUUGAGAUUUGGGCUUUGCCAUUUACUAGCUUUUCAGAACCUUCUCUUUUGGAAUGAAGGUGAGCUGAGAUUCUAUACUUUGGAACAUUAACUUUUGCUGCUGGUCCUACCUUGGCUUUUUAUAUUAUAUAAGAGGAAAUACCUUAGGUCCCUGGUUUGCUUAGAAAAGAGAGCUUCUUUGAGAUAUGGGGCCAGUCCAGACCUCUUGCUUCUUUAUGACUUAAUAAAUGCCUGUUUAAGGGGUAGUUGGGGUUGUGGAGGGUAAUUUGACCAGGUUUCUUGACCCUUGGGAAGGAAUUCCUUUCUGGACUUGAUUCCCUCAUCUAGUGGAUUCGUUGUGUUCUCUUCACAGUUUUCACUGCUUGGACUGUGCUGAUUAUCCCCCAUUUGCAGUUGAAAAAAAUGAAUCAGAAAGAGAGUUAGGGAGAGACUACUCUUCCUAGGGUGACUUGGUGGUUCAGAAGUGGCGAUUGCAGCUGGGCAUGGUUGUGCACGCCUGUAAUCUCAGCACUUAGAAGGCUGUGGCAGAAAGAUUGCAAUUUUGAGCCUGGCCAGAGCAACUCGGGUGUGAUGGAUGAAUGAGUGAACAAAGGAACGAACAGCUUAAGAUGUAGCUUCAUUCAGUCCCUAGCAGGAAAAGGGGGUUGUGGUUGCCUCAGGAGAGGCAUGUUAUAAAGAAAGCUUUUCGUUUUGGGGGAAAGAUGGUUUCCAGACAGAACGUCACCUCUCCCAGGUGUUCGCUGGACUCGUGUGUAGUUACCUGCUUUGGAGUACAGCAGUGAAAUAGAUGCUCCUUGCCUGUGAAAGGCUGUUAAAUGACCAAAGGUGGAGUAAGUCCUAAUGGCGCAGCUAGACUGGAAGGCAUUAUCCACUCACCUUUCUGCGUAGGCAAGGAAGCCAAGGUGGCACAGACGUUGCUAGGCUCUUUCAAGCCUAGCUUCUUCCAAACUGGCACAGCCUCCCCACCCAUUCCCCUAACCUGCCCAGGCCUGUUGUUGCUGCCCAGGGAGCCAAGGCUCCUCCCCAAACAUAAACUUGAAGAUCUUCUAGACCCCAUAGGCCAGGCUUCUUACCCUUUCUCCUGCUGCAGUCCUGUCCCAUGGCCGCCUCCUCUGGGGAGCCAGGGCUCCUGCCCUGCAGGUCCUGUGACAUGGUUUUCCGCUCCUGGGCCCUGUUGGCCAGCCAUACUCGGCGUUUCUGCAUUGGCCACCUGACCCCAGAGGUGACUCUUGGAACAAAGCCCUCUGCUGCAUCAGGGGGCAUCGCGGCUGUGUCACAAGAACUCCAGGGCCACUCAGACCAGGAGGCCAGCAGACCUGCCCUAGAGAGGUUAAGAGAGGAGGUGCAGUGCUUGCGGCUUUCCCUACAAGAAAUGAGACCGUGGGUAAUAGACCGCCGUUCCUUCGAGGCUGCGGGGAGUCCUGGCGAGCGGCUGCGGGUACUGCGCGCGACUCAUGCCAGGCGCAUGGCCCAGACAGAAGCACUGGGCCGCGCCCUGGAGCAGCGUAGAGCGGAGCUGGAUCAGCACCACCAAGUUUUGGCCAGAGCCCAGGGCAAGGUACCCCACCUCUUAGGCCUGGAGCGGGAACUUCAAGAACUCCGGGCAGAGGCCAGUCGGACCCGGGGAGCUCUAGAAAUGUUGGGGACACAUGUUCAAGAGCUGAAGCCCCAGAUAGGGAUCCAGUCGAGUGCCUGGCCAAACACGGAGCUCUGCUGUCCUGUGCUGCAGGCUAGCGCGGGGAGCCUCGCUGCUGAGAUUGGGGCCCUACAUGAGGCUUACAUGCGAGGCGGAGGUCGAGACCCUGGUGUCCUGAGGAAAAUAUGGCAGUUGCAAGCAGAGGCAUCAGCACUGGAGCUACGGCGCACUUGGAACCACAGGGAAAAGGCAAGUGCUGCCUCAGGGCAGCUUCUGGUAUUGGAAGCAGAAAACCAGUACCUGGAGGCAGCAAUCCUGGCACUGCAGAUGCAGAGGGGCUUGGGGCAGGAGCCCUGGGGGCCUGGGCAGCCACGACUCCUGCAGCGGGGAGAUGCCCCACUCCUCCCUCCACCACUACUCGCUGGAACCACAACCAGGAGCCUGGGCCUGGACACAUCUGUUCUCCCUGCAUCUGAUGUGCUGGGCCCUGCACCCUAUGACCCUGGGGCUGGCCUGGUCAUUUUCUAUGACUUCCUGCGAGGACUUGAAGCUUCUUGGAUUUGGGUGCAGCUGGUAACUGCCUUGACCCGAGAUGGACAGGAUACAGGAGGGGCCGCAGCAUUGCCCCCAGCCCUCUGCUUACCCCUACCUUCAGUUCCUGGGCCCACAGGCAACUGUGCCAUCCUUGCUAGCAGGCAGCCUGUGCCCAGAUUGCCCCCAUCACCUUUGGUGUCCUUGGUCUGUGAGCUACAGGCCUGGCAGGGGCUCCCAGGGGCUAGGACACCACAGCCAAAGGCUUGGGUCUCACUGGCGCUAUUCGAUCAAGAUCAGAGGGUACUAAGUGGCCACUGGCGCCUCCCACUUCAGCCCCUUCCUCUGGACUCCAGCCUCAACCUUGGGCGGAAUGGGAUUCCCCAGGCAGGCCAGGCUGAGCUCUUUCUGCGGCUGGUGAAUGCGAGAGAUGCAGCUGUCCAGGUGUUGGCAGAGAUCAACCCAGCUUGCGCCCACCAGUACCAGUUCCCACCACUGGUAUCCACUUCGUCUUCACUGGAAGCCACCACCUGCACCCCUAAAGUUGGCUUUACUGAUUCACUACCUCCUGCAGAAGAGCCAUUUGAUGGCAUAAAGGACAAAGAUGAGGGUUUGGGCCCUCAUCACAGCCAAAGUGAAUGUGAGGCUUAUUCUCAAAUCUACAGCUUUACUCCGUGUUCUGACCUGGAGACUAAGAGGCAAAUAAACAGCAAUGAACUCCAAACACAGCCUUACCGCUUCAAGACAAGAUAAUGGCCAUAGAUGGAGACAGAGUGAACAGAAGACAAGCAGCGCCCAAGGUCUGCUUCAUAGUCAGUCCACCAUCCAUUU